UGUAAAUCCCACGGCUUACCUGAUGCACUCUUCCGGGCCACAGACCGUCUUUACAUCGCUGGGGAAGACAAAAGAUCUCAUAAAACACGGGCGGGAGCGAAUUGAGCAGACUAUCAAAGCCUCCAAUUCCAGGCUGUGCUCCUAUGUUGAAAGAGCAGGCUUCUUAAUGGACCGUUCCAGAAGCCCGGAUAAUCAUGGCCAGCCAACAUCAACAACUGACAUCAACCUUGGACCUUCUGCAAAUCCCAAUGCCAAGCCAACAGAUUUUGACUUCCUAAAGAUAAUUGGCAAAGGUAGCUUUGGAAAAGUCCUUCUGGCAAAACACAAAUCCGAUGGGCAGUUCUAUGCUGUGAAAGUCCUGCAGAAGAAAUCUAUUAUCAAGAAAAAAGAGCAAAAUCACAUCAUGGCUGAGCGCAACGUGCUAUUGAAGAAUGUGAAACACCCAUUCCUUGUGGGGCUCCAUUAUUCCUUCCAGACAACAGAGAAACUCUACUUCGUACUGGACUAUGUAAAUGGAGGAGAGCUGUUCUUCCACUUGCAAAGAGAACGUUGCUUCCGUGAACCUCGAGCGCGUUUCUACGCCGCUGAAAUGGCCAGUGCUGUGGGGUACCUCCAUUCAUUGAACAUUGUCUACAGGGAUUUAAAACCUGAAAAUAUCCUCUUGGACUGUCAGGGUCAUAUUGUACUAACAGAUUUUGGACUCUGUAAAGAAGGAAUGGAGCCAGAGGAAACAACAUCUACAUUCUGUGGCACCCCAGAGUAUUUGGCUCCAGAAGUGCUGAAGAAGGAGCCCUAUGACAGAACAGUAGACUGGUGGUGCCUUGGAUCAGUUCUCUACGAAAUGCUGUUUGGCUUGCCUCCCUUUUACAGCCGAGAUGUGUCUCAGAUGUAUGACAACAUUCUGUACAAGCCACUGCAGAUUCAAGGAACCAAGACCAUGGCAGCUUGUGACAUACUGCAAGGCCUUCUCCAUAAAGAUCAGAAGCAGAGGCUGGGAGCCAAGACUGACUUUCUUGAGAUAAAGAACCACGUGUUCUUCAGCCCCAUAAACUGGGAUGACCUGUAUCAUAAGAGAAUCACUCCUCCAUUUGAUCCCAAUGUGGCUGGUCCUGCUGAUCUACGGCAUUUUGACCCGGCGUUCACUCAGGAAGCUGUCUCCAGCUCUAUCAUUCGCACCCCUGACUUUGCAGCCAGCAGUUGCAGCGCCACGGAUGAUUUCCUGGGUUUUUCUUAUGCACCAAAUGAUGAACGUUAAUGUCGG